UUCUUCUUUCUUCAGCAGUAGUGCUGCUUCUUUGUUCGGCGAUGGCUGGGCCUGCUACGGUUCGAUCCGGCCGACGCCGUCGGGGCCGCCCUCCUGGGAUUCGGGCGGCUGUCAUUGCCCGCGUGCGCCGCGCUGCCGGCCGCAUUUCUUCCGUGGAUUCGUCGUCGACGAUGGCAUUCGCUGGUGGGCGUGGCCGGCCGGCUGAUUCGGGAUGCCGCCUCCGGUCCGGGUCUCGCCGGCCGUUUCGUUCUUCCCGGGCUGAUUCGUGGCGAGAUGUUAAUGUGGACGUUGAUAGUCGUCGUCGGGAGAUUUCAUUAGGGAAGCGGCCUGUGAAUUGUACCGUCGGUGCUGCCGUUGGUGCGUGCUCUUCUUCAGUGGCCGGUGGGUCUGUCCCGGCUGUUUGGCCUGCCAGCGUACGACCUGGUAUUCUGCUUGUCGAAGUGGUUGACAGAACGAGUGCUUCUGUUUCUGAUUUUCCUGCUGGUGUUCAUCUUUAUGGCUCUUUGGUUGGUGAUACGACUUUCCAUUGCCGUCCAAGAGUGGUGCCUUUAUGUGCCGCUGGUAUCUUUGGUCGGCCUACUCCUCUUGUGAUGCCUACUCCUCUUAUGGAGCAUUCUCGUGUUGUGUGUGCACGCCGUAAGCGGAUUUUGGUGCGAUCGUACUGGUCGGGCCGGAAAAGAGUACGUGUGAUGCAACCUCCCUUUUCUAAAGAUUACAUCCAAUUGGUUAAGGGUGAGUAUAUAUAAUUUAUGGUUUAUGUGCCCGUGUUGCUUUCCAUCUGUGUUGCCAACUCGGUGUUCUGUUUUGCAGCUACUUUUAAAGGUUGUUUGGAUAGGUGGUUUGUAGAAAAUCCGUUCUAUAUAAACUAAGAAAACGGCCUAACAACCUAAAACCACGUUUGGCUAGCCUAACUAAUCUGUGGAUUUGGAAAACCGAAUUUUCUAUAACCCAGAAUUUCGCGUUUGUGGAGAAACGACUAUUAGUCGUUUUUGUAAAAACUCGAUUUGCGUAUCCUCGUUCGUCUCUGUUGCCGAUCCCAGCGGGCCCGUUCAUGAGCGAAGAGAAGCUGCCGAGGCUGGUGGUUGCCACGUCCUUGAAUACAUAUCUCCGGCCUGCUCGAGGGUCAGUGAGACAACGGCGGCUGUGAUCAGCUCACCGGUGAGUCGUACCACGUGGUUGUACGUCCUCGUCUGGCCGCCGCGCCACGGCUG